AUGUCGUAUAUAAGUGAACUUGAAAAAAAUAAUUCAUUAUUUAUACCAUAUGAAAAAAAUUUAAAUGUAUGGAAAUAGUUAUGAUAUGUUAUAGAUUAUUGUAAUAUUUUAAUUGAAGUUGUUGAUUCUAGAAAUCCUUUAUUUUAUAUUAAUUCUGAAUUAUGCUAGAUAUUGAAAAAAAUGAACAAAAGACAUAUUAUAUUAUUAAAUAAAAUAGAUUUAUUAUCAUAUAAAUAUAAAAUAAUAAUAGGUACUAUAGGAUAUCCUAAUGUUGGAAAAAGUUCUUUUAUUAAUAAAAUAUUUAAUAAAAAAAGAGUAGGAGUUUCAUCUACAGCUGGUAAAACAAAAAUAAUGUAGACAUUAAUAUAUGAUGAAAAUAUUACAAUAGUAGAUUGUCCAGGAAUAGUAAUUCCUAAUUUAAAAAAUAUAGAAAAUUUAUAUAAAAAUAAAAUAUAUAAAUUUCUAUUAAAAGAAUAUAUACAUGGUAAAUUAUUAUAUUGUUUUACUCCAUCUUAA